CACGUGAGGGAAAUCAGAUGACUGGACUUGUAGAUACUAACGGUUCUGAAGCGGGUAGGUUAGCUUUCCAACCGCCUGGAUGACGGUCUCAGCCUCCUCCCGACCCCUUCCUGCGCGUCCGCUCUUCCCCUGCGCCCGCCCGCGCCCCUCCGCCCGCGCCCCGGCCCCGCCCCAGGCCUCGCCUCCGCUUCAGCGCCGCCGGCUGCAGCCAGGAGCAGCCGCCGCGCCUGCAGACCGGCCUCGCGGAGCCCGCGCACCGAGCCCCACAAUGGCUUAUUCAGAAGAGCAUAAAGGUGUGCCCUGUGGUUUCAUCCGCCAGAAUUCCGGCAACUCCAUUUCCUUGGACUUUGAGCCCAAUAUAGAGUACCAGUUUGUGGAGCGGUUGGAAGAGCGCUACAAAUGUGCCUUCUGCCACUCGGUGCUUCACAACCCCCACCAGACAGGAUGUGGGCACCGCUUCUGCCAGCACUGCAUCCUGUCCCUGAGAGAAUUAAACACAGUGCCAAUCUGCCCUGUAGAUAAAGAGGUCAUCAAAUCUCAGGAGGUUUUUAAAGACAAUUGCUGCAAAAGAGAAGUCCUCAACUUAUAUGUAUAUUGCAGCAAUGCUCCUGGAUGUAAUGCCAAGGUUAUUCUGGGCCGGUACCAGGAUCACCUUCAGCAGUGCUUAUUUCAAGCUGUGCAGUGUUCUAAUGAGAAGUGCCGGGAAGCAGUCCUACGGAAAGACCUGAAAGAGCAUUUGAGUGCAUACUGUCAGUUUCGAGAGGAAAAAUGCCUUUAUUGCAAAAAGGAUGUGGUAGUCAUCAAUCUACAGAAUCAUGAGGAAAACUUGUGUCCUGAAUACCCAGUAUUUUGUCCCAACAAUUGUGCGAAGAUUAUUCUAAAAACUGAGGUGGAUGAACACCUGGCUGUAUGUCCUGAAGCUGAGCAAGACUGUCCUUUUAAGCACUAUGGCUGUGCUGUAACGGAUAAACGGAGGAACCUGCAGGAACAUGAGCAUUCAGCCUUACGGGAGCACAUGCGUUUGGUUUUAGAAAAGAAUGUCCAAUUAGAAGAACAGAUUUCUGACUUACACAAGAGCCUAGAACAGAAAGAAAGUAAAAUCCAGCAGCUAGCAGAAACUAUAAAGAAACUUGAAAAGGAGUUCAAGCAGUUUGCACAGUUGUUUGGCAAAAAUGGAAGCUUCCUCCCAAACAUCCAGGUUUUUGCCAGUCACAUUGACAAGUCAGCUUGGCUAGAAGCUCAAGUGCAUCAAUUAUUACAAAUGGUUAACCAGCAACAAAAUAAAUUUGACCUGAGACCUUUGAUGGAAGCAGUUGAUACAGUGAAACAGAAAAUUACCCUGCUAGAAAACAGUGAUCAAAGAUUAGCCGUUUUAGAAGAGGAAACUAACAAACAUGAUACCCACAUUAAUAUUCAUAAAGCACAGCUGAGUAAAAAUGAAGAGCGAUUUAAACUGCUGGAGGGCACUUGCUAUAAUGGAAAGCUCAUUUGGAAGGUGACAGAUUACAAGAUGAAGAAGAGAGAGGCGGUGGAUGGGCACACAGUGUCCAUCUUCAGCCAGUCCUUCUACACCAGCCGCUGUGGCUACCGGCUCUGUGCUAGAGCAUACCUGAAUGGGGAUGGGUCAGGGAGGGGGUCACACCUGUCCCUAUACUUUGUGGUCAUGCGAGGAGAGUUUGACUCACUGUUGCAGUGGCCAUUCAGGCAGAGGGUGACCCUGAUGCUUCUGGACCAGAGUGGCAAAAAGAACAUUAUGGAGACCUUCAAACCUGACCCCAAUAGCAGCAGCUUUAAAAGACCUGAUGGGGAGAUGAACAUUGCAUCUGGCUGUCCCCGCUUUGUGGCUCAUUCUGUUUUGGAGAAUGCCAAGAACGCCUACAUUAAAGAUGACACUCUGUUCUUGAAAGUGGCCGUGGACUUAACUGACCUGGAGGAUCUCUAGUCACUGUUAUGGGGUGAUAAGAGGACUUCUUGGGGCCAGAACUGUGGAGGAGAGCACAUUUGAUUAUCAUAUUGACCUGGAUUUAGACUCAAAGCACAUUUGUAUUUGCCUUUUUCCUUAAUGUUUGAAGUCAGUUUAAAACUUCUGAAGUGCUGUCUUUUUACAUUUUACUCUGUCCCAGUUUAAAACUUAAAACUCUUAGAAUAUUCUCUUAUUAUUUAUAUUUUUAUAUUUCUUGAAAGAUGGUAAGUUUCUUGAAGUUUCUGGGGCGUUUCUCUUUUACUGGUGCUUAGCGCAGUGGCUCGGGCACUCUAAAUAUUGAGUGUUAUGGAGGACACAGAGGUAGCAGAAUCCCAGUUGAAAAUGUUUUGAUAUUUUAUUGUUUGGCCUAUUGAUUCUAGACCUGGCCUUAAGUCUGCAAAAGCCAUCUUUAUAAGGUAGGCUGUUCCAGUUAAGUAGUAGGUGAUGUAGUUACAAAGAUAAUAUGCUCAGUUUGGACCUUUUUUUCAGUUAAAUGCUAAAUAUGUGAAAAUUACUAUACCUCUAAGUAUUUUCAUGAAAUUCACCAGCAGUUUGCAAGCACAGUUUUGCAAGGCUGUAUAAGAACUGGUGAAUGGGGUAAGCAUUUUCAUUCUUCCUGCUGAAGUAAAGCAGAAAGUACUGUAUAGUAUAUGAGAUAUAGCCAGCUAGCUAAAGUUCAGAUUUCAUUCGGUUCAACCCUAUGAAAAAAACUAUUUUCAUAGGUCAAAAAUGGUAAAAAAAAUUAGCAGUUUCAUAAGAUUCAACCAAAUAAAUAUAUAUAUACACACACAUACAUAUACACCUAUAUAUGUGUGUAUACAAACAGUUCGAAUGUAUUUUGGUAACAGUAAUAAAUCAAUGUGAGGAUGGAUAGAAUUUAGUAUAUGAUAGAGAAAAUGUCAUAAAUGGAUAAAAGGAAUUUACGCCCUCUCCCUCUCCCUCUCCCUCUCCCCUUUCCACGGUCUCCCUCUCAUGCCGAACCCUCUCCCUCUCUUUCCAUGGUCUCCCUCUCAUGCCGAGCCGAAGCUGGACUGUGCUGCUGCCAUCUUGGCUCACUGCAACCUCCCUGCCUGAUUCUCCUGCCUCAGCCUGCCGAGUGCCUGCUAUUGCAGGCGCGCGCCGCCACACCUGACUGGUUUUCGUAUUUUUUUGGUGGAGACGGGGUUUCGCUGUGUUGGCCGGGCUGGUCUCCAGCUCCUAACCGCGAGUGAUCCGCCAGCCUCGGCCUCCCGAGGUGCCGGGAUUGCAGACGGAGUCUGGUUCACUCAGUGCUCAAUGGUGCCCAGGCUGGAGUGCAGUGGUGUGAUCUUGGCUCGCUACAACCUCCACCUCCCAGCCGCCUGCCUUGGCCUCCCAAAGUGCCGAGAGUGCAGCCUCUGCCCGGCUGCCACCCCGUCUGGGAAGUGAGGAGCGUCUCUGCCUGGCCGCCCAUCGUCUGGGACGUGAGGAGCCCCUCUGCCUGGCUGCCCAGUCUGGAAAGUGAGGAGCGUCUCUGCCCGGCCGCCCAUCGUCUGAGAUGUGGGGAGCGCCUCUGCCCGGCCACGACCCCGUCUGGGAUGUGAGGAGCACCUCGGCCCGGCCACGACCCCGUCUGGGAGGUGAGGAGCACCUCUUCCCGGCCACCCCGUCUUGAGAAGUGAGGAGACCCUCCACCUGGCAACCGCCCCGUCUGAGAAGUGAGGAGCCCCUCCGCCUGGCAGCCGCCCCGUCUGAGAAGUGAGGAGCCCCUCCGCCCGGCUGCCACCCCGUCUGGGAAGUGAGGAGCGUCUCCGCCCAGCAGCCACCCCGUCCAGGAGGGAGGGUGGGGGUCAGCCCCCGCCAGGCCAGCUGCCCCGUCCGGGAGGGAGGUGGGGGGUCAGCCCCCCGCCCGGCCAGCCGCCCCGUCCGGGAGGUGUACCCAACAGCUCAUUGAGAACGGGCCACGAUGACAAUGGCGGUUUUGUGGAAUAGAAAGGGGGGAAAGGUGGGGAAAAGAUUGAGAAAUCGGAUGGUUGCUGUGUCUGUGUAGGGGGAGGUAGACAUGGGAGACUUUUCAUUUUGUUCUGUACUAAGAAAAAUUCUUCUGCCUUGGGAUCCUGUUGAUCUAUGACCUUACCCCCAACCCUGUGCUCUCUGAAACAUGUGCUGUGUCCACUCAGGGUUAAAUGGAUUAAGGGCGGUGCAAGAUGUGCUUUGUUAAUAAACAGAUGCUUGAAGGCAGCAUGCUCGUUAAGAGUCAUCACCACUCCCUAAUCUCAAGUACCCAGGGACACAAACACUCUGCCUAGGAAAACCAGAGACCUUUGUUCACUUGUUUAUCUGCUGACCUUCCUUCCACUAUUGUCCUAUGACCCUGCCAAAUCCCCCUCUCCGAGAAACACCCAAGAAUGAUCAAUAAAAAAUAAAAAAUUAAAAAAAUUUAAAAAAAAAGGAAAAAAAAUUUUUAAAAAAAGGAAUUUACAACUUGAGGAGAAAACCUUUACAAUUUCCUAUGGGUGUCAGAAGUACUCUCAGCGAAAACUGAUGGCUAAAACAGUAUCUACUAUUCUCUGAUAACUCUUUUUUUGAGACAGAGUUUCAUUGUCACCCAGGCUGGAGUGCAGCGGCGUGAUCUCAGCUCACUGCAACCUCUGCCUCCUGAGUUCAAGUGAUUCUCCUGCCUCAGCCUCCUGAGUAGCUGGGAUUACAGGCGCCCAUCACCACACCCAGGUAAUUUUUGUAUUUUUAGUAGAAACGGAGUUUUGCCAUGUUGGCCAAGCUGGUCUCAAACUCCUGACCUCAAGUGAUCUGCCCGCCUCGGCCUCCCAAAGUGCUGAGAUUACAGGCAUGACCCACCGCGUCAAGCCUCUGACAACUAUUGAAUUUGUAAGCUGCUAUGCAAAUGGGCAUUUAUAUAAACUUGUAAUGUUUCUUGUCAGAAUUCUGAGUACUUUGUGAAGAACAGAAAUGAUCAUGUUCUUAUGCAUCUAUCUGUAUGGGUCUGAAGGUGUACAAACUGAGAUGAGUCCUUAUGACUCUUGAUAAGCCUGAGUUUAACAACAACAAAAAUGCCAAGUUGUCCUGAGCUCUUCUGUGUUGUUAUGCCACUUCCCUACUGCUCAUAUGCACGCUGGCUCCCCUGGGCACGCAAGGAUGAGUAUGGGCCAUGGGCCCCUGCAGAGCUGCUUACCUGGUGAUGACCAUGCACCUUACAAUUUCUGAACAGUUAACCCUAUAGAAGCAUGCUUUAUAUGAGUGUCUUCUGGGAAGAGGAACCUUCUUAAUCUCUUCAAAAUUUCAAAUGCUCUUCAAAAUUUUCAAAAUGCUAAAGACUCACACUGCAGCAAUCAUCCCAGAUGAUUAAAUUCAAAGAAAUAGGUUCACAACAGGAAUAUACUGAAGAACUAGAGUGUCGCUGCUGGUAAACUGUGGCACGGUUGCUCAACACAUCACCUCGGACAAAUUCAGGAAGCAUUUCUUUAGCCCACAAGUCCAGACCCAGGUGCUCUGUAUGUUUGUUUUUAAUAUUCAUCAUAUCCAAGUUCACUCUGUCUUCCUGAGCAGUGGAAGAUCAUAUUGCUGUAACUUCUUUUAAGUAGUUGAUGUGGAAAACAUUUUAAAGUGAAUUUGUCAAAAUGCUGGUUUUGUGUUUUAUCCAACUUUUGUGCAUAUAUAUAAAGUAUGUCAUGGCAUGGUUUGCUUAGGAGUUCAGAGUUCCUUCAUCAUCGAAAUAGUAAUUAAGUGAUCCCAGAACAAGGAAUACUAGAGUAAAAAGCACCUCUUUUUCACAAAACGAGUUGUGAUUUUUGUUUUAAACAAGGUGGAUCCAUGUAAACUAUUUUUCCUUUUUUUAUGAACAGGACAGUAAUUUUUCUUCUGUAUCAAUAAGAUUUAAAUUUUUAUUUCCAUUUUGGGUUAAUUUUGGUUCCUGAUGAAAAGAUAACAAUACACUAAGCAUAAAGGGGAAGUUAAUAAGUUACAGAAGGAUUACAGUGGGGGUGUGUGUGUUAAUAAUGCUUAUUAACAAGUCUGAAAUCUGACUCCUGAUUUCCACAUUUGGUAUUUUCAGAGAAAACAAGAGAUAGUCACAGCCAGGAUCAAUUCACAGUGCCAGUCCUGGAUACAAUAGGACAGUGAAGUACAAACCCUUUGUGUGGUCCCUGGAUAAUCAGUCCACACUACUGACUACCUCUUUUCUCUUAGAAAGCAGUUGGAGACAUACGUCUCAAUCUUACAUAAGAAUUCUGAGCUGGAGAUAAAAGUUUGAUGGAGGCACAGUAGGGGUCCCAGGUGGUGAAAUCACACAGGAAUAACACAUUCUAUGGGAAGAGGAAGAAGAGCCUGUAAAGCAUUUGGAGAAGGAAUGAUCAGAGACAUGGCAGGGAGGUUUAAUAGACAUGGAUAAGAAGUCCACUCACAGAAAUCCUGAAGAUGCCAAGGCUGGCAAAUAUGAAGGUAAACACAAACGAAAGAAAAAAAGAAAGCAAAACCAAAACCAGCACCGAUCCCAACAUAGAUCAGUGACAUCUUUUUCUUCAGAUGAUCCUAUGUUUCCUUCUUCCUCAUCAUCAUCUUCAGGAAGCCAGACAGAUUCAAGUAUUGAAGUAACACAGACCCUCUGUAGAAUACCCAGGAGGGAUAGGAAUGAAUCAGAGAUGCUGCCAAGGGAAAAAUUAAGAAGAAGAUAAGAGAGAAAACAAAUAAAUGGAGGGAAAAAAGAAAGGUGCGGUGAAACAUCAAUCGGCUUGGUCCACAGAUAAGCGUGUUCAACUCCCCGACGAGUGAAGUGCCUUUCACCUCCCGCCAUGAUUCUGAGGCCUCCCCAGCCAUGUGGAACUGUAAGUCCAAUUACACCUCUUUUUAUUCCCGGUCUCAGGUAUGUCUUUAUCAGCAGCAUAAAAACAGACUAAUAGAGAGGGUAUAAAGUUUCAGUUGGACAGAAUGAAUAAGUUCUGGAGAUGUACUGUACAGCAUGUUGACUGUACUUAAUAGUGCAUGGUAUACUUGAAAACUGAUAAGAGAGUAGAUCUUAAAUGUUCUCACCACACACAAAAAAUAAGUAUGUCAGGUGAUGAAUAUGUUAAUUGGCUUAAUUUAAUCAUUUCACAAUUAAACAUAUUAAAACAUCUCAUCAUGUACUAUAAAUAUAUACAAUUUUUGUUAACUACACAUUAUUGAAGCUGAAAAAAAAAACAUUUGAAACUGGAAUCUAAUGGAAUAAUUGAAUUUUUUUUUUUUUUUUGAGACAAAGUCUCCUUCUGUCACCCAGAUUGGAGUUCAGUGGCCCAAUCUUGGCUCACUGCAACCUCUGCCUCUGGGGUUCAAGUGAUUCUCCUGCCUCAGCCUCCCAAGUAGCUGGGAUUACAGGCAUCCGCCACCACGCCUGGCUAACUUUUUAAUUUUUUUUUUUAGUAGAGACGGGGUUUUACCAUGUUGGCUAGGCUGGUCUCAAACUCCUGACCUCAAGUGACCCGCCUGCCUCAGCCUCCCAAAGUUCUGGGAUUACAGGUGUGACCCACCACGCCCAGCUUAUAAUUGAUAAUUUUUCAAAAGCACUGUAAAAUAUUAAAAGAACCCAGUGCUUUGGGAAGCCAAGGCAGGACAACAUAGCAAGACCCUGUCUCUACCAAAAGUUUAAAAUGUAAAAAAAAUUUACUGGGUGUGGUGGUGCAUGCCUGUAGUCCCAGCUACUUAGGAGGCUGAGGCAGCAUGGUCACUUGAACCCAGGAGUUUGGGGCCGCAGUGAGGUAGGAUCACACCACUGUUCUCCAGCCUGCGUAGCAGAGCAAGACCCUGUCUUGAUAAAGAAAGAAAAAAACUUUAAAAAUUAAAAGGUAAAUUGAAACUGGAAAAAAAAAGUCACAAUAUAUAUAAUAGACCAAAAUUUAAUGUUUUUAAUAUUUGCAGUCUGCGAUAGUUUGGAUGUUUGUUUACUCCAACCCUCAUGUUGAAAUUUGAUCUCCAAAGCUAAAGGUGGGGCCCAAUGGGAGAUGUUUGGGUCAUGCAGGUGGCCCCUCAUGAAGAGAUUAAUGUCCUCCCUUGGGAGUGAAUCAGUUCUCACUCUUUGAGUUCCUGAGAAAGCUAGUUGUUAAAAAGAGCCUGGCCUUCCUUCUCUUGCUUUCUGUCUUGUCAUGUGAUUUCUGCACACACAGGCUCCCCUUUGCCUUCCAUCAUGAGAGGAAACAACCUGAGCUCCUCACUAGAUGCAGAUGCCAGGUCUUGAACUUUCCAGUCAUCAGAAUCAUGAGCCAAAUAAACCUUUUUAUCUUUAGAAAUUACCCAGCGUCUGGUGCUCCUACAUAGCAACACAAAAGGUCCUAAGACAAAACCCUAACAGAUUAAUUAGAGAAAGAGAUAGCCAAAAUAUUUGACGAGGUAAUUCACAUGAUAAUGCAAAUUGCCAAUACAUGUCCCUUUUCAUGUUCAAUCUUUCUUGUAAUGAAAUAAAUGUAAUUAAAAUAACAUUUUUAUCCUACCAAACUAGCAAAGAGAGAAAAAAACCAAUAUUGCUGAGGGAUCAGCUACCCCAAUUCCCUGCUGGAGUCUGAUUCCCCUCCCAAAAAAGUAGGCUGACUAUAGUGACUUGCUUGAUUAAUAGGACAAAGCAAAAAUGAUGUCUUAAAACGUCCAUAGCCAGCUUUUAACAAGCCUGUAGCUUCUGCCUGGACUGUUUGCUCUUGGAACACUCUCUGUCCUUCAGAACCCAGCCACCAUGUGUGAAAAGCCCAAGUCACAUGGAGUGGGCAAAUGGCCAGGAGGAAACAUCUGCUUCCUAUGUGGGUCAAGUUAGGGUAGCAUCCUCAGCUAAAGAAGUGUGUGUUCUUUCUUAGACGUGUUAGUCAUUCAGGGUAAAUGGACCUGAAAUAUCUCAGGAGGCAGUCAAGGCACAUGUAUUAUCCAUUCUCAGGCUGUCUGGGUUGUUAGUGGUGGUUUGUCUAUAUCAACUGGUCCAUAAAAGACAAAAAUGACAGCCAACAGAAUAACAGAGAAUGACACCUAAGAAAAUAGAAAAGAGGAAGAAAAAAUGAAUUAUACUUCUCUUUUGGAGCUCUCCUGUGAGAACAAAGCGGGGAUUGAUAUUUUUCUGGGGACCAACUGAUUGUGGCCAUCAAAAUUCUGAGUCCUGAGAGGCACACAUUUUUGGCUAUUCAGCAUUAGACAGUAAGUUAUCCUAAGUAAAAACGUCUCCAGGAAAAGAGAAGAGAAAUCAAGCACUGUGCUUUUGGUAGCUGUGGAUUUGCUAAGUUGUUCCUAGAGCAGCAUCAUGUUGCAAAAGAAGCAGUUUUCCAGGAAUCAAGAGAACUAGGUUCAUGUUACUGCCAGAGAGGCAGAGAGGCCUCUACAGCUGAUGAGAAAUGGGUGUAAAUUCUGGCUAUGCCUGCUACUCUCUUUACAACUUUGAAAAGUCAGCCAUCUAAACCUCUGCUUCUGUACCUGUAAAAUGGAGAUAAAAAUACUUGCCUCACCAUGUUGUUUGUGAGGACAAAAUGAGAUAAUGCAGGCACCAUGCUCAGCAUGUGACUUACUCACAUAGUAAGUGUCCCAAAAUGGUGGGUCAUUUUCUUGCUACUCUUGCCAGUGAUUUCCUGUUUGAUGGUGGGCAAAUUGCUUAGCUCCUGGCUACACUGGAAAGGAUGUUGCUUCCUCAUCUACCUCCCUGAGUUAGUGUGGAGGUCAAAUGAGAAAAUGAACUGAAGGAAAGCAAUGCGAUGUGGUGUUAGGUGGGAGGCAUCCAAGCUAAGCCUCAGGAAACAGAGGCUACACCAUGGGGACAGGUCACUGAGGACCCAGAGGCAAGUGAGCAAGUGGAAAGUAAGAGCACACACAUAACACAGCAAGAAGCCUUUGAACACCCUUCUGGUUCCAGGAGCUUUAUAUGCCUUGAUAUCAGUUAAUUUCCACAACCACAGUGUCGUGCAAAUAUUGUUACUCAAAUGAGAAAACUGAGACUCAGCAAAGUUAAGUAGCUGUGCCAAGGUCACACUGUUUGUAGAUGUCACAGCAGGUGCUCCAUGUCUGCAGCUGAGAGAGGAUGUGAUGGCGCAGGUCUCUUGUCCUGCCAAAGGCUAUCCUGGGCAAACCUACCAAGGGAGGCUGCUUCCGGCUGGAGAAGAAUGGUGCACUCAGAGCCCACUCUGCUCUGGUACAGGCGCUGAUCCAUGGGGAUCCCACAGCCAGCACAAUGGACUCUCUGGCUGAGCCGCCCAUGACCACCAGGGGGCCUUCACGGGACCUCUGCAAAUAAGAACAAACUUGAUUCCCAGGACCGGCUCGCAUCUGAAGAUGGCUUUAAGCCCAACGGUCAAACAUGUCACUUUUACCUGUUCUGAGGACAAGGGCAGCACCUGCACCCUCGCACUCACCUUUACUAGCUCCAGCUGCCUCCCUCCCAGUUCUACCACUUGGCACAAGAAGCAGGAAAGAAAGAGUUCCCUACAACCCAUUCCCAGACAGCUAUUUCUACCUGCUGGAUUACAAUUUUCUCAUUCUCUCUCUCUCUCUCUCCUUCUCUCUCUCUCACCCGUUAUGAAUAGUGUCCAUAACAGACACCAGAUAAUUUUCAUCCUAUGUAAUUUUAUUCUUGCAGGUUUAUAAAAAAAAGCUCAGAUCUUAUCACCCUCUCCAUCUUCUAGUUGCUAUAAAAUGAUAUUUGCAGCACUCUUGACAAGAUACAUUUUGGCCAGGCGUGGUGGCUCACACCUGUAAUCCCAGCAUUUUGGAAGACUGAGGUGGGUAGAUCACCUGAGGUCAGGAGUUCGAGACCAGCCUGGCCAAUAUGGUGAAACCCUGUUUCUACUAAAAAUACAAAAAUUAGCUGGGCAUGGUGGUAUUUUAUUUGUAAAAAAAAAAUAUGAAAAUAGCCUGCAACCCCAGCUAUUUGGGAGGCUGAGGCAGGAGAAUCGCUUAAACUGGAAGGCAGAGGUUGCAGUGAGCCAAGAUCGUGCCACUGCUCUCCACUCCAGGCUAGGCAACAGAGCGAGACUGUGUCUAAAAAAAAAAAAAAAAAAAGAUACAUCUCAUCUUCAAGCAUUUCCUGAAUGCUGCUAAGGAGAUGAUAAACAUUGAUCACAGCUGAUAAACAUCUAUGUGAUAAACUACUUUGCAACCAUCUAUCUCUAACAUAAGAUCACAUAAGGCCAUUGUAAUAGGUCCAAAGUGCAUUAAUCUAUUGAAAUGAAAUCAUUUGUGCAUGUGUUAGAGUUAAAUAGAUUCAGUUGUGCCAACAGAGAAUUUCCUGAUUUCUCCAGAAGGAAUAAUCUAAAACCAUAGUUUUCAGCCUUGGCUGCACAAUGGAACCACCUAGAAAACUUUAGAAAAACUGAUAACCUGGGUCCCAUCCCAAGUUUCUGAUUUAACUGGCCUGAGAUGUGGCCUGGGUGCCAGAUAAUCUAAUGUGCAGCGAAGCUUGAGAACCACAGAUCUAAAAGAUGAGGGAAAUUGGGCUCAAGGGCAAUGAUUAAAGAGCCAGGUCUGGACACUCCAGAGGAAGGAAGGUGAAAAGUGCUCUUCAGUGUGUUCAAUCGACUUUCAGUUACCCAUACUAAUUGAAGAGAAGACUGUCACAGACAACUGUAAGUUCUUAAACUUGAAAGUUCUUUUAUAGUUGGGAAAGCAUUUGAUCUUAUUUAAACCUCACCACAAGCCUGGGCAGUAGAAAGGUAUCUAUGCUUCUCUAAUAGAUAAGGAACAGGAGCCUCAAGAGAGUGAAUGAUUUGCAAAGAUUUAAGUGGCAGAAUAAUUUCACCAGAACUAUAAUCCAGAAUGUUCAAUAGCCUCAAAAUUCAAACAAUUUUCUAGACCGUUAAAUUCCUUUUGUCCCCCUGAGUAAGAGCAAAAUCUGCUCAUGGGUUAAAAAACCAAGCCAACCAACCAACCAAACAACAACAAAAACAGGAAACCUUUUAAGACAAGAUGGAGUGGCAGAGAAAAAACAAAAAAAACAAAACGAAAAAUUUCUCAGAAAGCAAUAAUAGUGAGCUGACUUCACAAUAGGGACAAUGAGUGACUGUCAUUUCUUCCUGUAUAUAUCUACACCUGGGCAGAAGGUUGAUAUGGCAACGGACAGUUAGACAAAAAAACUUUCUCAUUUUCCCACCCAUGAGACCUUCAGCUGGAACCUUAUUUGUCGUCUUUGAAGCAAGAAUAAAAGUAGGAUGGAAGCUUCUGCGAAUUACCUUGAUAUGAGAUUAAAGGUAAUUUUAAGGUCUUUGGAAGAACUGAGAUGAUAUUACAACAGUCAUUUUAAUAUUAAGCUAUUCAGAUUUUCAAAGAGUACAUCUUUUGACCCUUUGAGAUUUUAGGUUGCUCUCUUAGGCAGAGCUUUGGGAGCUGAUUUCAGGGUCAGCAGGGGCAUCUCAUAUAUUUUCCCAUCCACUUUCUUGUAGCAACAAUACCCCCCUUUCACUUCAUGUGGUCCUAGUGGGGCUGUGAUCUGGUGCCCUAGGUUCCCAGAAGGGCACAUGAUCCAGGCUAGGUCACUCUUAGUACCUCAUUCCCCAGCAAUAGUAACUGGUCCAAGGGUGGUAGACAUCCCAAGUAGGGGCAAUCAAGGUGUAUGUUGGUUACAGAUCAGUUACUCCAACAUCUGCAAAGAUAAACUUCAAAUCUCAGUGGUUUAACAAAUAGAAGUAUAUUUGUAAUUCACAUAAGUCCAAUAUGGCCUUCCAUGUGGUCAUUCAGGGACCCAGGCCCCUUUCAUCUUGUGACUACCCUCUCUUCUUAGGUCUCAGAGUCCUCUCCAUUCAGCCAGCAAAUGGGGAAAGAGAACAGAGAAUCACUUUUGGAAGGUUUUUAAUGGGCCAAACUGGAAUGGAGGCUUUCGUAUCUGCUCACAUCCUAUUGGCCAAACUUGGUUACAUGGCUACUGCCAAGGAAAGGGAGGCUGGAAAUGCCAUGUAGUUGUGAGUUCAGCAGAAGGAGAAGCAGGUUUGGUGACUAACUCGCCAGGCUCUGCCACAAGGUCUUACUCUGGGAUUAGUAUAUGGGUGUUGGGAGUGCUAAACUGGGGACACAUCAGCCUGAACUACCAGCAGCCAUCUUUUCUAGUUGCAGGGAGGGAUAUGAUCACACUAAAGAGGUGAUUAAGGGUCAACCACUGGCCGGGCGCGUUGGCUCACGCCUGUAAUCCCAGCACUUUGGGAGGCCGAGGCGGGCGGAUCACGAGGUCAGGAGAUCGAGACCAUCCUGGCUAACACGGUGAAACCCCGUCUCUACUAAAAAUACAAAAAAUCAGCCAGGCGUGGUGGCGGGUGCCUGUAGUCCCAGCUACUCGGGAGGCUGAGGCAGGAGAAUGGCGUGAACCCAGGAGGCGGAGCUUGUAGUGAGCCGAGAUCGCGCCACUGCACUCCAGCCUGGGCGACAGCAAGACUUGGAGUCUCAAAAAAAAAAAAAAAAAAGAGUCAACCACCACACAGAAGAAGACAGAGCUAAGAGAUGGAAAAAAAGAGAAGGAGAAGGCAAGGAAGAGAAAAGAGACUGAGAGAAGGAGGAAAAGAGGAGGAGGAGAGAGAGUACAUUCCAUUGCGCUCAGGUUUGGUCAGUAACAACCCUGAACUUCCCAAUUAUGGGUGCCAUCAGGACCAGCUACAUAAGGGCAAAAUUAAAUUUGGAGACCUUUGUUAAAAAAUCAUUAGUAAUUUCAAGACAGCAAGAGUCUUAUCUGGCUGGAAGGCUUAUGGGUAACCACACCUCUGCCCUAUUUCCUUUAUAAUUAUUACCCAUGGUGUUGUUCAGUAAAUAUUUGAUGAGUAAAGGAAUGCAUUCUUAGGUUUUUGACUACUGUCUGAGUGACAUAUCUUGAGUUACACAAACUGAAAUGAGACAUGAGCACCAUAGUGCCUCAAAGAAUGUAUAAUCUAAUGAAUGAUACAGAUGUAUCAUAAUUGCCUGAGUGUUCACUCAUCUCUUCAGUCUGCCUCUGUCCUAGGUAAGCUGUCUAUGUUGGUGUCCCUAUUCACCUAUCUGUUAAGUGCAUUUGUAAAGUACCUACUGUGUGCCGAGAAGAUGGGGACACAGAAGUAAAAGACCUACUUCCUGCACUUAAGGAUUUCACAAACUACUGGAGGCAGGGGAACAGCAAAGUGAGAGGAAGAAGCGACAGCAAAAGCAUGUGCAUUGACAUCACUUUGUGAUAAGUACAGUGAUAGAGUAGUUGGGGACUGUUCCAAGAACACAGAAAGAUCUAUAAUGCUGACAGCAUGUGGAAGGAACUCUGGCUUCCAGUUCUAGGCAGCCACAUAAUGCCCAAUCUGAAACAAAACAUAAUGCACCUCAAUCCCUGGUCAAGAUCAAGUGAGAUAACAUGAGUGAAAGCACUUUGUAAACUGUAAAGGGUCAUUAAAAUGUUAAUAAAAGAGUUUCUUGAUGACAAAGCCUUUUCUGUCCACAGCAAUAUUAUUGGGCUGGCUUAUUUGGAUAAAGUACACAUUUCCCCUGUUCCUUUUACAGUUUGGAGACUUUUUUUUUUUUUUUCCCUAGUGGCUUGAUUUCUUUUCUACUAAGGAGAGGCUAACUUCUACUGUAUCCCCCUUUGCCUUGGAUUCUAGAGAGGCCUAUGGCCGUGAGCAGGUGCCAGAAGUGGCUUCAAAGCAGUUAGCUGCAGUGCUCAGUUCACAUAGAGAGGAACAGCUUGUUCCUGGAAUGUAAUUUUCCCUGAAUCAAAUCCUAGCUGAGUUGGGAGACUGAGCUGGAAAACUUCCAAGUUUUACUGCAGAGCUUUAAGAAUAUUGUGUUUGUUUCAACAAGGGAAUUGUAACUGGAAUGCGAUACAAUAAAAUGUUUUAGAAAACACUUCCCAACCUCUAUUGGCUUGUGAACACCUUUUACAGUUAUAUAAAAACUUGCACAUUUUUAGAAGCUUAAAUUAUUAUUUUUGCCUUGAAUAUGAUAAAGAAAUAAUUUUUGUUUUUGUCUUUAGCACCUUAAUAUUAUAAUGCUAAUUUGAUGCAAUAUGUAAUAAUAUUUGUAAAGGGAAAUAGAUGUCAAUUUCCCCUUUUAACAAAUGAGUCAAGGUAAUAAAUCAAAAUAAUUUUCUAAAAAUAA